AAUUUUUUUGCUACCAGAGGCAGAUAUACACAGAUUCUCUCGUCUCCUUGUACAACUUCAGGCUGAGAACAACCGGUUGAAUGUUAUACAGGCCAGGAUAGUUAUAGCAUCACUUGAAGAAAUUAUACAUAGUAUUGUCAAUGAAACUACGCAACAAAAAAUUCCUAACAACCACUGUGCGGACAUUUUGUUGCCAUGGUUGCAGUCUCAGUCACAAGCAACUUUUAAAAAUGAACCACUUCCAGGAGACUUUCCUGCGCAUGACGAACUAUCCAGACAUGACGAAAGUCGAGCUGUUCAUUCAGCAAAUGAAGGCCGUAUUAGUGUUGAAGUAUUCAUUCGUCAUGAGGAACCCCAGAUCUUCAAUCAGCUUCCUGCUCCUGCCGCUGACUCUUGUUUUCUUUGGGAUGAUCCUAGACCUCCAUUCCACGCCAGUGAAAGAUGCACGGACCAUGAACAUCACACCCGGAACUCUCCCGCCUAAUCUUCUUGUCCCUGUUUUCGUGUAUUUAUAUUCCAGGAAUCCGAUCAAACAGAAGUUUGUGGAAAUAAUCAAGAAUUAUGGAGUGCCAUUUCAGUUCGACUUUACGGAAGGCUUAGACGAUUCGCUACAGAGUUUUGCCAAGUACACGCUGAUUGAGUGGCCAGUAAAAUGGUCAUUUGAGGAUUUCAAACGCCAUGUCCACUUCAGCCUGGUGUCCACCGAGGAUGAUGAUUUGACCAUAAAACUUUACUACAGUAGAUCCACAUUUCACGGCGACGCUAUCGGUAUGCAACUGUUAAUGAGUGCCUGGGUGAAACAGAUGCUGGGGGAGGAUUUCUCCAUCCAGAGUGCGGUCCAGCUUCAUCCAAAUCACCAGCCUGUAGGAUACGGGUACUUGAACAGCGGUACUGCCUACUUGAUGGCUGUGGCCAUGGCAAUGGUGCCACUACCUUUUGCGUACAACAUUGUAUCAGAGAAACAGUCUGGUGUGAAAAAGCUUCAAUACAUCAACGGCCUGAGUCCAUUGGUGUACUGGCUUGGUCAUUUCAUCUUUGAUGUCGCCAUGUACCUACUGAUGAUGAUGCCUGCCCUGGUGGUGCUGCUGUUCUCUGGGAUUACCAACAUCCACUUGAUCAUGCUGUUUAAGGCCGUCAUGGCGUUUGGGUUCUUCUUUUUCCCUCACAUCUAUGUCCUGCAGUUCAUCUUCAAGCGACCAGCCACCGCGGUCUACUUCCUGCUGAUGGUCAACGUAUUCUUUGGUGUACUGAUAGGAAUGGUGCUAGAUUGUACCAUGGAACUGGGCAACUUUGACGACCACUACCUUAUAAGCCUUAUCAGUGAGACUGCAACACCAAAUUAUUCACUUUGCGUUCUUCUAGGACUAGUGUUAGAUAAUGACUCACAUAAACAGGACGUAGAAAAGUAUAUGAAUAAAUACUGGACCUCCAAUACGAGAAGACUGUGCAUCGCCUGGUCCAUUGUCGCUUCUCUGGAAUUUAAAAUUUUUAGAGUGCUCAGGUACGUGAUAGUGUUAUGUUUUGAAAAAAUAGCAGACGAUGAAGAGAGAAACCUACAAGAAGAGGAUGAUGUCUCGCCCGAGUGGUCAAAGAAUGAGUCCAGCUCGACGUCUUCAGUUCCGAAGAGGAGUGAGGGCAAAAAAACUCCAAAAGCCACUGACAAACAUGCCGUCUCACUGGCGAAGCUUAGGAGAAACUUCUACUGCAACUUCAGGCUGGUCAAUGCCCUACGCAACACCAAUCUGAUGCUCGGUGUCAACAAUGGACUCGGUCUGAUAGGCCCGGCUGGCUCGGGAAAGUCGGUGAUUUUAAAAGUCCUGGCAGGCGAGCUAGAGAUCAGCUCUGGUGACGCCUAUGUGUAUGGUCAGAGUCUGAAGACGGAUGUAUUUACGGAAGAAUCCUUCACGAGCUACUGCCCACAGAAAGACGCUCUGUGCGAGUUCAUGACCGCCAAAGAAAUGUUCAGCCACACCGCAAAGCUUCGCGGCCUUCCGCAAGAACACAUUACAUCCUUCGUGGAGAAUCUGAUUGACCUUAUGGACCUGAGGCUGCGAGAAAACGACAGGAUAGGUCAGUUUAGUUGUGAUUUGAAAAGAGCGGUGUCUGUUGGCCUGGCGUUGAUAGGUCACCCCAAACUGUUUCUCCUAGACAACGCCACCGUGGGGCUCAGCCGAGAGGCCCGGGAUAAUGUCCUUCGAGUCCUGCGACAGAUCAAAACAAAGAACGGAACUCUAGUCAUGUCUACUACUAGCAAUACAGAACUGGAGGCGUUAUGCAACCAACUGGUGGUCCUUUUGGAGGGCCGCAUCGUGCACCUGGGUAGCCCGCAUCAGUUGAUGAGCAAGUACGGCUCUGGCCACUUCGCGACCCUGUUUGCCAAAAGUCACGAGGCGAUGGAGUAUUUCCUCCUGGACUCGGCUGCCAAGUUUAUGCUGAAGACCUUUAAAUCCAAGAUAUUCCUAAAAAAUAAAUCGUUCGUCGUCCUUCACAUACCUGAGCAUGUCCCUAUGUUCUACCUGUAUGAGACGCUGGAGAAGAUCCGAUUGCGCAAUAACAUCACAAGGUACACGGUGUCAGAAGUGACUCUGGACAAGAUUCUCAUUAUGCUCGUCAAGAAAGAACGAUAACUCAGCCCAUGAUGACUUUGUGUAUUAAAAAUGUAUUCUGCCCCUUUUGUUCAAUGUUUUGUCUAUUUUUUAUGAUGUUUUGUUUUUUUAAAGAGAAAGUAUAAGAAAUGCUAUGAUGUUUUGUGAGUGUAAAUUGAAAUUGUGAAAUAAAUACAUGCUCUUCACAAGA